GAGCGAGCCCACCCGCCCCGGGAGCUCGCCUCCCCGGUGCUCCCCCUCCCUCCCCGCCCCCCCAGUGGCGCUGCCUCCUCCAAAUGAGCGAUUCGCCCGCUGGAUCUAACCCAAGGACACCCGAAAGCAGCGGCAGCGGCGGCGGCGGGAAGAGGCCGGCGGUGCCGGCGGCGGUGUCCCUCUUGCCCCCGGCGGACCCCCUGCGCCAGGCGAACCGGCUCCCUAUCAGGGUCCUGAAGAUGCUGAGCGCUCACACCGGCCACCUCCUGCACCCGGAGUACCUGCAGCCGCUGUCCUCCACUCCCGUCAGCCCCAUUGAGCUGGACGCCAAGAAGAGUCCAUUGGCGCUGCUGGCCCAGACUUGCUCGCAGAUCGGCAAGCCGGACCCACCGCCCUCGUCCAAGCUCAACUCGGUAGCAGCGGCGGCCAACGGGCUGGGAGCCGAAAAGGACCCUGGCCGCACCGCGACGGGAACUGCCUCCGCGUCUGCGGCCCUCAAGCAGCUGGGGGACUCCCCUGCAGAGGACAAGUCCAGCUUCAAGCCCUACUCCAAGGGCACCGGCGGCGCCGACUCUCGUAAAGACAGCGGAUCCUCCUCCGUGUCCUCCACCUCUUCCUCAUCCUCCCUGUCUCCGGGAGACAAGGCGGGCUUCAGGGUCCCCAGCGCCGCCUGCACGCCCUUUCCCCCGCAUGGAGCGCCGGUCUCUGCGUCGUCGUCGUCAUCCUCGCCUGGUGGCUCCCGGGGCGGCUCCCCGCACCACUCUGACUGCAAGAACGGCGGUGGGGGUGGCGGCGGGGAGCUGGACAAGAAAGACCAGGAGCCCAAGCCCAGCCCGGAGGCUGCGGCGGUGAGCCGCGGCAGCGGUGGGGAGCCCAGCGCCCACGGGGGUGGCGCGGAGGCUGGGGCCUCCGGGCGCAAGUCCGAGCCGCCCUCGGCGCUGGUGGGGGCCGGCCACGUGGCGCCGGUGUCCCCCUACAAACCGGGCCACUCCGUGUUCCCGCUGCCACCCUCCAGCAUCGGCUACCACGGCUCCAUCGUGGGCGCUUACGCCGGCUACCCGUCCCAGUUCGUGCCUGGCCUGGAUCCUAGCAAGUCCGGCCUCGUGGGAGGCCAGCUGUCGGGGGGCCUGGGCCUGCCACCGGGCAAGCCCCCCAGCUCCAGCCCGCUCACCGGGGCCUCCCCGCCCUCGUUUCUGCAGGGAUUAUGCCGCGACCCCUACUGCCUGGGAGGUUACCACAGCGCCUCGCACCUCGGCGGCUCCAGCUGCUCCACUUGCAGCGCGCAUGACCCCGCAGGGCCCAGCCUGAAGGCGGGGGGGUACCCGCUGGUAUACCCCGGGCACCCGCUGCAGCCCGCUGCGCUCUCAUCCAGCGCCGCCCAGGCCGCUCUUCCCGGCCACCCGCUCUACACCUACGGCUUCAUGCUGCAGAACGAACCGCUGCCGCACAGCUGCAACUGGGUGGCGGCCAGCGGGCCGUGUGACAAGCGCUUCGCCACCUCGGAGGAGCUGCUCAGCCACCUACGGACUCACACGGCCCUGCCGGGCGCGGAGAAACUUCUGGCCGCCUACCCCGGGGCUUCGGGCCUGGGAAGCGCCGCCGCAGCCGCCGCAGCGGCAGCCUCCUGCCACCUGCACCUCCCCCCGCCCACCGCCCCGGGAAGCCCCGGGUCGCUGUCAUUGCGGAGUCCACACACUUUGGGGCUAAGCCGGUACCACCCCUAUGGCAAGAGCCACUUAUCCACAGCCGGGGGCCUGGCCGUGCCCUCCCUCCCCACAGCCGGACCCUACUACUCACCAUAUGCGCUGUACGGACAGAGACUAGCCUCAGCCUCCGCACUGGGAUACCAGUAACUACAGCUCUUGCUCCUACCCAACCCUCUUCUCCUUUCUCCCUCCUCCCCCCCAACCCUGUUCCCCCCUCACCGCCGCAACCUCCACUUCUGCUUGUCCCUGCCAGGAUCCCUCCGGCCCAGACCCUCCCCACCGGACUGUGUAUUUAUUUACUAUAAUGUUAGCUUACAAGCUGGGAAUAUAAGUGCAUUAACGGCCCACACGAGUCAAUGGUAUGCAAAAAGUCUGUGUUCCCCAAAUAAUAAUAUUAAUCACACAAGUAACUACAUGUUUCCCACCCCUCUUCCUUUAUUUUUUUUUCUUUUUCUUAGAUGUAAGGUUCUUUUUUUCCUUUUUCUUUUUUUUUUUUUUCUUUCUUUCUUUUUUUGAUUGGUUUGGUUUUAGGGGGAGGAGGGAGAGUUGGGGUUCUGGGGUUCUUCUAUUUGUUUUCCCUUCCUGGGGAGUUUCUUGCAUGCUUCCUAACCGUUAAGACUACAUUUCCCCCUUCUCUUUUCCCCCUCUUUCCCCUUCAUUUCUUCUUGUUUCCUUACAUUUGAGAUUCUGUUUUAUCCUUUGUACAAUUAACAGAGAGGAGAUAUUUUUUGUAACUCGUUUGCGGGGAUGCAGGGAUCCGCCUUGGUGGCAAGAGGUCUUGUGUUCUGUUGACCCAGAACUCUGCUCUGUGACUCGUCCCCUGCAACCCUCUUCUUCUGGGGUCCUUGGUCUGCACCCUGGCCCCCCAAAUUAGAGCCUUGCUCCUCUGUCUUGCUGUAAGCACUAAGAGCCCUGACCCCACCAGCAGGCUCCCCUGUGAGAGACCCAAGCGGCCUCUGACAGCCUUUCUACCUUCCAGACUUCUCAUGGCCCCAAACACCCGGUAGUCACACUGCCUGCUGGUGGGGGACCUGUAGGGCUUCUCUUACUCAGUUAAAAGUCCUAGGAGGCCCUGCUGGUGAAACUUUGCUCUUAAUAUUUUGCAAAGUGCAUUGGUAGUCCUGUUUUAUUCUCCUUUGUGGGGGGCAGUGGUCCCCUGUUGGUAAGGGUAUGGUCAGUGAUUCUUGCUAGAUCCCUCCAAAGCAGACCAGUGGCAAUAUCAGAGGGCAGUACAACCUCGGUAGCUCCAUUGGGGGACAGUUGGGGAGCCCGGGAGUACACGGAUCACAGUAGCCCCAUCACCCCCUCCCAGGCCUGACCCAACAGAAUCCCCAAAGUUGGCCGUGGGCUUCCGUGGGCUCCCUCAGUGACUGGGAUCGAAGACUCCGACCCCUGGGUCUUCUCCCCACACCUUCCCUCCCUCCUGGUCUUGUGCAGCAGUGCGGGGGGGGCUGUGGAGCCUGUUUGGGAUGGAUAGAGCUCUCCCUUGGUAAGACUUAUUUUGUUAAUAAAUGGAAUACUUGGCUAUAUUCA